GUAGAGUCUAGUUCGAGGUCAUUUUGAAUUAAUUAAAAACAAGAAAGAAGAUGAAAAAAUCGAUUUCACAUUAAUUUGGUUGUUUUUUUAAAAAAAAGAUUGAGACGACGGCGACAACGAACAAGACGCAUCAGUUUUGUCAAUGUCAACAAGCGAUUAAGAUUUAUCAUUCAUAUAUAUAUAUAUGGCCACAAUCAUUCUGAUUAUUAUUGUCGGCUUACAUUACUUCUGUGACAAGAUGUUAUUACACCGCCAUUGACGAUUGAUCAUUGAUCAUUGUGUUAGAUCAGAUUUAACGAUGUCCAGUGAAAUCAUACCUAUGAACAGUAAUAAUAAUAAAAAUACUAUGACUAAAACUUUAGUCAAUACUACAAAUCCUAUGGCAUCCGGUGAUACAUUGGAUGAGAAAGACGGCAUACAAGGUGGUUGUCUACAUGGAAAGUCGAUACAUGCUGCACAAACCAAUGAUUCUUCUAUUUGUGUGAUCACAUCGAAUCAUGACGAACUGAUGAAUAGUAAUACUACUAAUGAUCGGAUUAAUAAAUCAUCCAUUCAGCAACAACCACAAUCACAACCACAACAGCAUUCAAACUCUUCUAUGCAACAUCAAAUUAUGAAGAAUCAAUUCACUGAGAAUAUCAGUAAUACAUUUCUAUCGGAUACAGAUGAUCAUGCUGAGACAAAUAAUUGUUGUUAUACAACAACCUCUAAACUAUUCAACUCAGAUAGUAAUAACAACAAUAAUGAUAUGAAUACUAUACCGAUUUGUUUAAAUAUAUCAAAUUCACCAUGUUGUUUACAAACUACCGAUGCAAUGAAUAGUAAUGCAAUGAUUUGUAAAUUUGUUGAAAAAGAAAAACAAUUGAUUAUUGAACAACAAACUAUACCUAGAACAUUUGAUCAAUCCAGUGGAAUAUUUUGUUCAAAUAAUAAUAAUACUAAUAAAAAUCUAUCAUUGUGUCCAUUGAAUAAUGAUCGAUCUAGUAGUAGUAAUGGUUCAUGUAAUGAUUAUUUUAAACAUGCUUUUCCGUCUUCUACUACUACUACUACUACUUCAGAUGAUUAUUUGGAGAAUCAUUUGAACACUACAACGAUUACGACAACAACAACACUGACGACGACACCGACACCGACGACGUCCACAACAGACACUUCAUCAUCCAUGACACCGACCAAAUCGACCACAAUGAUUGAUGUAAAAACCAAUCAUCAAAUAUCCAUGAUAUAUGAUCAACAUCAUACUGCUGCUGUAAAUGAUACGCCUAGAUGUGAUUAUUUGAAUGAUGUAAGUAUUUAUAAUGAUAGUAAUAAUAAUAAUAAUAAUAAUAAUAAUAAUAAUAAUAAUAGUGGUUACAUUGAUAACACUGUUAGUUUUGAUGUAUAUCAUAUCAAUUCAAGUUGUACUACUACUAGUAGUAGUAAUAAUAAUAGCUUACUGAAACAACAAACUAAUGAGAAUUUUGUUAAAAAAAAUGGUAUAAAAUCACAAGAAUCAUGUUCAGCAACAACAACAUCUACAACAGCAACUGUCACUACUAUACCGCUUAAUGCUGUGAUUCAAUCAAAUGUCAUUGAAUCGCCAUCGCCACAUCAUCAAAGACAAAAACAAUUGCAUCAUGAUCAUAGAACAUACAUGUCUCCAUCAUGUUCAACGGAUUCUUCAUAUUUAUUUAGUCAAUGUUUAAAUAUACUAACUAAUAGAAAAUCUGUUACUACUACCACUGCGACUACUACCACUACUGUUACCGCUACUACUACUACUACAACGAUUAACAUCACUAAUAACAACAGUAUACCUACAUCACCAAGUACUACUACUACUACUACUGAUAAUAAGAAUGAUACUACAUCACGUGAUCAUAAUAAACUAAAUGGAAGUGAUCUAACCCAUUCCUCAUUACAUCCAUCCACUUCAAUUGGGAAUAAUUUAAGAAAUAGAAAUUUAACUACUGAAAACAAUGUUAGUAGUCAUAAUAAUAAUAACAACAAUAAUACCAAUAGCAAUAAUACAAACACAAAUCAUGAUAAAACUAAUUUAAUUAUUAAUUAUUUACCACCUUAUAUGUCACAAGAAGAAGUGAAACUGUUAUUUUCCACAUGUGGUAAAAUUGAAAGUUGUAAAUUAAUACGUGAAAAAUCAACUGGUGAAAGUUUAGGUUAUGCAUUUGUAAAAUAUUCACAUCCAAAUGAAGCACAACAUGCAAUCCAUACAUUAAAUGGUUUAUCAAUACAAAAUAAAACAAUUAAAGUCUCACUAGCUCGACCAAAUUGUGAAUCAAUUAAAGGUGCUAAUCUCUAUGUGAGUGGUUUACCAAAAACAAUGACACAAAAUGAAUUAGAACAAUUAUUUAGUCAAUAUGGACGUAUUAUAACAGCACGUAUAUUAUAUGAUAAUAAGACAGGUAUAUCACGUGGUGUAGCAUUUGUACGUUUUGAUCAUCGUUAUGAAGCUGAACUGGCUAUACAACAAUUAAAUGGUUAUCAGUUACCUACUGAUUAUUAUUCAAAUAAUUUAUUAUUGAAUAAACCAAUUACAGUGAAAUUUGCCAAUUCACCAAGUUUAAUGAAACUUGAUAAUCUUAGUUUAGUAUUAUUGAAAAAAGUUGCACAAUUACAAGCUGUUGCAACAUCGACUAUGAAUUCAUCAGCAUCAUCGGCAGCGGCAGCAGCAGCUGCAGCGGCCGCGGCACCUGGAACAACGGGAACAGCCGGAGCAGCAUCCUCGUCAGCAGCAACAGCGUCAUCAUCAUCACGAAGCGCCACUAAAGCAGCAAUCGACACAGCGCUAUUCAAUCCAUUACAACAACAAAUAGCGAAAAUAUCCAACCUGUUAAAAUAUUCCAUUACAUCGCCUAGUUCCAAUGAAACUAAUUUUUUUUCUAGUAUGGCUGCUGCUAGUACUGCAGCAAUGAGUAAUUCUAUUUUAGCACCAGCUAUUGUAGCCAGUUCUGGUGGUUUAACCCCAAAUGGUUGGUGUAUAUUUGUGUAUAAUUUAGCACCGGAAAUUGAAGAAUCACAUUUAUGGCAAUUAUUUGGUCCAUUUGGUGCUGUACAAACAAUUAAAAUAAUUUAUGAUACAAUUAAUAAUAAAUGUAAAGGUUUUGCAUUUGUUACAAUGAGUAAUUAUGACGAGGCUGUACUAGCUAUACAUUCAUUGAAUGGAUUUAUAUUGAAUAAUAGAAUAUUACAAGUAUCAUUUAAAACAACCAAUAAUAAGUCAAGGUCAUUUACAUUGAAUAAUAAUAAUGCGUCAUCAUCAUUAUCAUCAGCAUCAUCAUUAUCAUCGUCAUCAACAUCGGCAUCAGCAUCGGCAUCAGCGUCAUCAUCAACCUCGGCAUCGACUUCAUCAUUGAAUCAGUCAAGUUCGCUACCAUCGGAUACAUUAACAAAUUUAUCUCAUCUACAUCAAACAUCAUCAAAUUUUUCUUUGAAGCCAAAGAAAAAUUUAACUAAGUAA